AUGGGAAUUAACAAUCCGAUACCAAGAAGCUUAAAGAGCGAGUCAAGAAAAGCAGCAAAGGUGCUUGCUUCUUUCGUUAAACCAAAUCAAGUAGUGGGGCCUGACCAAGUUAUUCCUGCUCAUGUUUUAAAGAAUGCAAAGGGUUUAGCAAUUAUCACUGUUUUGAAGGCAGGUUUCUUGUUUUCAGGAAGAGCCGGUUCGGGUGUGAUUGUUGCAAGGUUGCCCGAUGGGUCUUGGUCUGCACCGUCUGCUAUUGUGACUGCUGGUGCGGGAGUUGGAGGACAGAUUGGAGCGGAAUUGACUGAUUUUGUCUUCAUUUUGAAUAGCAAGGCUGCAGUGGAUUCCUUCGCUCAACUUGGAUCGAUUACUUUAGGUACGAAUAUAUCAGUUGCUGCGGGACCAUUGGGUAGAAAUGCUGAGGCUGCAGGAACUGCUUCUAUUGGGGGAGCUGCUGCUGUGUUCGCUUACUCCAAAACGAAAGGUUUAUUUGCUGGUGUGUCUUUAGAAGGAUCUGCUAUACUUGAAAGAAGAGAGGCGAAUAGAAAGUUUUACGGUAAUAAUUGCAAAGCCAGAUAUAUAUUAGCAGGUAAGGUAGACCCUCCCCAUGCUUGUGAUUCCUUGAUGAAAGUUUUGGAAAGUCGGGUUUUCAACAAUAGAAUACCGUAUGAGGGUGAUGACUUAGACGAUGACGACUACUACGAUGACAUUCCAGACGAGUUUUCUGAUUCUACUUCUGAAGCUUCUGGCAGACGGACUCGUAGUAGAAGUUAUAGUUCAAGACGCCAUUCUGAUGAUUAUGACUAUUCUGAUGAUGAUUAUUCGGAUGAUUCAGCUGAUAACGGAAGAUAUAACAGGAGAAGAAAUACUUCAACUAGACAGACUUCUUAUAAUAGCAGUCACAAUGGGGGCAGCAGGAAAUCAGCGUGGGAAGACGAUAUUUACGACAACCCUUCUUCUAGAAGUAGAAGACACAAUGACGAUAUGAAUAACCUUAAUCUGAAAUUCAGUAAUACGAGGCUAUCUGGUAAUGGGCCGGUAAGACCAUCAUCUGCAUCGAAACCCAAUUUCGGAGGUGCUCCCAAAACUAAUGCACAUCAAGCAAUUGCUCUUUAUACAUUUAAAGGGGAACAAAGCGGUGAUUUAUCUUUUAAAAAAGGUGAUGUUAUUGAUAUUUUACAGAAAUCUGCAACAUCCGAUGACUGGUGGACAGGUAGAAAUAAUGGUUCUACUGGUAUUUUCCCUGCUAACUACGUCGAAUUAAUUUAA